GGGAAUUACAGAAUGGAGUCAAAGGAGCAGGACCAUAAAACAAAUUCAAAUCAGGUCCUGCUCAAAUACUGGGAAGAAAUGCCAGAACAUCUGCAAUUUAAUCCCCAUAUUAAAACCGGAUACAGACCACUUAUGACCCCGACAAAUUGUGUUCGCAGCAUUUUCUUCUUCCACAAUGAGACUGUCAAUAUUUUGACCCACGGUUUUGCGAUUCUCUACAUUUAUCUGACAGUGCCGGAUGCACUUCCAUGGAGUACCCAAGGUGCACUUUCAGGAUGCCAUUUAAUUGGAGCAAUAAGUCCAUGGAUUGGUUCUUUUCUUUAUCACGUCUUUAUGAACUUGAAUUAUGGAGAGGACGUCUACAGAAAACUGCUUAAAAUUGAUAUGCUCGGCAUUUGGCUCUGUCAAAGUUUUGGAGCCCUGCCGAUGAUAGUAACUUCUGUGCAUUGCUCAUCAGGUUUCCUUCAGUAUUGUUGCAUCUCAAUCUAUUGCUUCCUUAGUUUAUUGGGUCUCUGGAAACUGCUAAAUCUUUUCUGUUCCGAUAAGGCGAUGGUCGCAAAGUCUCCUUGGCAAAGACGUCUCUGCUUUCUUCCUCCACUGUGCAUGAGACUUCUGGUUUUGGGUUUAAGAUGCUACGGUAUCGGUGGUGGAAGUCCUAGCGCUAUGAUGCACGUCAUCUUACAAGACGUGGUGGCUGUGAUUGGUGGAAUAAUAGGAGCGCUCCGCAUACCGGAAAAAUGGCUUCCCGGCAGUUUAGAUCUGCUCUUCAAUUCUCACAAUAUAAUGCACGUUUUAGUUGUCUUGGCAGUAUGUUCAAUGCACGAAGCGACCAUUCAGGAUUUGACGUGGAUGUCCAAUCCGACAUCGUGCACGGUUCCUAAUUACAUCCCUUCCAUCCACGAGGAACUGUGAUCUAGUUGCGAAGAAUCCACCUUCUUCGCAUUAAUCUGUGAUUUCUCAAAAAAAAAACAAAAAAAAAAUUAAUAAAACCGCUUUAGCCUCCUUCGACGACGUACCUCUCGCAAAAGCAAGAAAAAUUACAAAAAAAAAAAAUAAUAAUAACUUUUCCUUACUAGCA